AUGAGUUGUGUUGCAAUCUUUGAUGGCCGGAUUUCCAACCAAACUCCUGACUUCCUCAAGCUGACAGUUCCCCAUUUUAAGGUGGCUAGAUCUCAUAUGCGCUUGUCUGGGAUGAGAACUGUUGACACCCUCCAAAACAUCAUUUGUGCUUCCACUUUGAGGUGGAACAGCAGAAUCGGAGGGCUGCUCGGCGUACACACAGUAGAAGACAUGGAUAUAGCAGUUCGUGCCCAUCUGAAUGGUUGGAAAUUCAUAUUCCUCAAUGAUGUCAAGGUCCUUUGUGAACUUCCUGAGUCUUAUGAAGCUUACAAAAAGCAGCAACACCGUUGGCAUUCUGGUCCAAUGCAUCUCUUCCGUUUGUGCCUUCCAGCCAUCAUUAGUUCUAAGAUGAUGUUCUGGAAAAAGGCAAACUUGAUACUACUAUUCUUUCUGCUUAGGAAAUCCUUCCCCUUCAUUGUCCCUACCUUCUGUUUGAAAACACAAUGUCGGUUACCAAAUUCAAUGCUAUGGUAUCCGGCUUGUUCAAGUUGGGGAGCUCAUAUGAAUGGUUGUCACCAAGAAGGCGGGUCGGUCACAGAGCCUGAUCUGUUAGCUGUGGAGAGAGGGGAAUCUAAGGCCAUGAACCACCCACAACUUUACAGAGGAACUUCUGAUAGUGGGCUCUCUGAGCUCAACAAAUUAAUGAGAGCAUCAGAAGCUGGUCCUAAACCUCCUGUAAAGAACUGA